ACUAACACGCACUUGUUUUUCUUUCAGUAGUUGACUUGCAGGUGCAGCCGAAAAUGAGGCUUUACAGUCGACUGUGGAUAUCAUUGGUCAUUAUGGUAGUAGUUGCAACGUUUCCUCCAUCACUCAGUUCCACCUGCUCAAAACCAAUCAACCUUUACAGAGAAGGGAAACUUGAACGAGUAGAUGAAGGGAAGCUCAACAUGAAUCUCUGUCCCAUUAAACAGACACAAGACGGUCAAUUAGUUCAAACCAUUCUCAAGGUGAUCCAGAGAUGGGCGCCUAUCACUUCCUGUCCAGGACGAGCAAACAAUACGAACGAGUCGCCGAUAUUCGCAUGCCGCUUUCCAGAUACAAACAUAACUGGAAGUUCGGCUAUGGGAGUGGCAUCUUGGAUAAUGGAUACCACUGUGGACGUUGGAAGUGAAGAUACCACUGUAAACCCAACAACCUCUAUACCCACUAAGGAAUGUCUCCACACCAACAGUACAUGCGAGCGAGGCUGGGACACCUUCGGCUGCAAGUGCUACAAGUACAUUUCGAUGUACAAGUACUGGACAUGGCAUUCUGACAAUUGUAAGAAUGAGUAUAACGCAACUAUGUUGGUGAUCGAAUCGAAAGAAGAAAAUGAAUUCAUCCUUCAGGCAUACGGCAAAAUGGUGGGGGACAUCUGGCUAGGGUGCUUCUGCGGAAAUAAUUCCUUGUAUUGGUCCUGUCUUAAUACAGACGCAAAAUGGUCCGAUGAUCCUAAUCUGGCCAACAUUACCAAAGGCUACUGGAACUGGUCAGCUGGUGAUCCCAACGACGAUCACAAAGAGGAAAGUGCGUGUCUCCGUGUGAACGUUGGAUGGAACAUUCUCAGAAUGCAUGGUAAAUGGAGGGAUCGAGAAUGUAGAAAGUUCUCCUACAAAUCAGUUUGUCAGAAAGAUCUUGAAUAAGCCAUGACUUCGUUUUAUAGAAGGACUAUACAGCGAUAUGUCGUGAUAUGAAAUUGUGGUAUAGUUUUUAUAUAACCGCGUUGAUUCAUCGAUGGGCUACUUUAAUUGAUCAUCGUAAUUCAGACGUUGUUUGGAUAACAUUUUGAUUUCAAAACUAUAAAAUUAUAGCUCUUUUCUUAAACCAAGGAAUAUGGCUCCCUUCACUUAAGGAAAAUUUCUAAUUAAAGAAACAGAAAUUCACCUGUAAUGUUACUGCACUGUGUAAUCUUACAUGCAUUUGUGUAAAAUAACAGAAAAUUGGUAUUUGCUGUAUGUAACUUAAAAUAUCUAUUGUAAUAAGACUGUUUUCCUCUUUCUACAAACAUACCUGUUCUGUAAAAUUUUAGAAAAUCUUUCCUUUUAUAGCAAUUUAGAGAAUGAU